CCUCUUUUCAUUUGUUGUUUUAACUUCCCCAGAAUUUGGUUUUCAGCAAGUUUCCUCACUUGCUUUUGUCUUGUUGUCACAUCAGCUGCACACUACUAUGUUCUCGUCAGAUUGAAUCAUUUUCACAGGAACUCAGCAACACGAAAAGUGAAGCACAGACAGGUUUUUGUUCUCAAUGAACAGGAUGAAGUGGUGGCUCCUGGUCCUUUCUUUGGUGUGUCACAAGAUCACCUGUAAAAAUCAUCAUGUCACUCCCAACAGUCAGAGUAAAGGUCAAAAUAAUCGUGUAGAAGGGAAUACGGCAAAUCCUGGCAAAUCCCAAGGCAAUGGUCCCAGAGAAGUUCGAGAAAAAUGUAAAGAUGACAUUUCAAUGAAUGGGAAGUCAAAGGGUGUCAAAGAUUGUAUGGAAGAUAUAAACGGCCUUUUGGAUACUGGAAACGUCGACGACACUAUCGAAGUCAUGUGGAACCUAAAACAAAUACUAGAGGAAACAGUGGAGACUGAUACUACCUCUAUUCAUGUCGGCCGUUUAGUGGCCAAAGUGCAUAGACCCAAAGGCCCCUUCAAAGGGCUUCAAAUUUCUGCUAAUGAGAAUGAGGCAAUGUCAGACGAGACUGUCACCAACAGCAAAGUGAGAGUUGAACUGCCUCAAGAGUUGGAUGUUGAAUCAAACAACACAAUUGUGUUCUGCAUGCUUACCUGGCCUGAAACAAACGGGAACCUAUGGAGAGCCCAAUAUAACGUGUAUGAGAGCAGACUUGUUGGCCUAAGUGUUGGGGGAAAAAAUAUUUCAGGACUGCAGGAGCGUGUCAACAUCACAAUGACUCUCACCACAGCUGUGAAUGAGACGCAAACACCCCGCUGUGUGUUCUUUAAUUUUUCAACAAAGGAAUAUAGUAGUAAUGGCUGCCAGACCGUGUGGGAACGUGGCUGGGGUAACAUCACCUGCUCCUGUGACCACCUCACGUACUUCGGCAUACUCAUGGUCUCUACUACACUCCCAGAGAAAGACCGUGAGAUUCAGACAUACAUCACCCUGAUUGGCUGUAGUCUUUCUCUUUUUGGCCUGGUCAUCACUGUUCUGCUCUUCAUCACAAAUAGAAAAGUCAGGGCAGAUGUCUCUAUGAAGGUCCACAUCAAUCUGGUCAUUGCCCUCAUCCUCCUCAACGUGCACUUCCUCCCCAGUCAGGUGGUGGCAGCACUGUCCUCCACUGGGGCUUGCCUUUACAUGGCUCUUUGUCUUCACUACUCCCUGCUGGCCACCUUCAGCUGGAUGGCCGUGGAAGGAUUUCACCUCUACCUUCUCUUAGUUAGAGUCUUCAACAUCUAUAUCAGGAGAUACUUGCUCAAACUAAGUGUGGUGGGAUGGGUGCCUUGCUUCAUCCCUGUUCCAGGUGUCCCUGCAGUCAUUGUAUCCCUGGUGGUCAUCAUAGACAGAGACGCGUAUGGACAUGUCCCACUGGACUCAGAUAACUCCAACAGCACUACAAUAUGUUAUAUAAGGAAUGACACAGUAAAGAUGGUGACUACGGUGGGACUGUUUGGCUUGGUGUUCAUCUUCAAUAUCAUCAUGCUAGGAGUGACAGUCAGACGUGUUGUGGGUCUCCGUCGGAGCAAAGAGUAUGGGCAGAGUGACUGUGACAGAGCCAAGAAAGACAUCUGUACCCUGCUGGGAGUCACCAUUCUGCUUGGCAUUACUUGGGGACUGGUCUUCUUCUCAUUUGGCCACCUGACUGUUCCGGGCCUCUACCUCUUCUGCAUCCUGAACUCACUGCAAGGUUUCUUCAUCUUCCUUUGGUUUGUGAUGUCACUGAGAAAGAACAAAAACUCAUCUCCUAAGACGAGUAGUGAUGCACAGAGCACCAACAGCUAAGCCUUAACACACUAAGACAUGUUCUUAUGUGUGUGUGCGUGUGUGUGUGUGUGUGUGUGUGUGUGUGUAUAUACCAACACAGCUCUUGGUUUCGUUGUCGUAGACGUAGCCGUUGUCGCACAAACAAUCGUAGCUGCCAUUCUUAUUCUCGCACCGCGCUGUUCCACAC